CCUCCUCCCGGCUUUCCCUCCGCGGCGGGCGAGGGUGGGGGGGGCCGCGGGAGGCCGGGGCUCGCCCCGCGCGGCCAAGAUGCUCCUGGACGCCGGCCCCCAGUACCCAGCGAUCGGCGUGACCACCUUCGGCGCGUCCCGCCACCACUCGGCGGGCGACGUGGCCGAGCGCGACGUGGGCCUGGGCAUCAACCCGUUCGCCGACGGCAUGGGCGCCUUCAAGCUGAACCCCAGCUCGCACGAGCUGGCCUCGGCCGGCCAGACGGCCUUCACGUCGCAGGCGCCCGGCUACGCGGCGGCCGCGGCCCUGGGCCACCACCACCACCCGGGCCACGUCGGCUCCUACUCGAGCGCCGCCUUCAACUCCACGCGGGACUUUCUGUUCCGCAACCGGGGCUUCGGCGACGCGGCGGCGGCCGCCAGCGCGCAACACAGCCUGUUCGCCGCCUCGGCCGGGGGCUUCGGGGGCCCGCACGGCCACACGGACGCGGCGGGCCACCUCCUCUUCCCCGGCCUGCACGAGCAGGCGGCGGGCCACGCGUCGCCCAAUGUGGUCAACGGGCAGAUGAGGCUCGGCUUCUCGGGGGACAUGUACCCGCGGCCCGAGCAGUACGGCCAGGUGACGAGCCCGCGCUCCGAGCACUACGCCGCGCCCCAGCUGCACGGCUACGGGCCCAUGAACGUGAACAUGGCCGCGCACCACGGCGCCGGCGCCUUCUUCCGUUACAUGCGCCAGCCCAUCAAGCAGGAGCUCAUCUGCAAGUGGAUCGAGCCCGAGCAGCUGGCCAACCCCAAGAAGUCGUGCAACAAAACUUUCAGCACCAUGCACGAGCUGGUCACGCACGUCACCGUGGAGCACGUCGGCGGCCCCGAGCAGAGCAAUCACAUCUGCUUCUGGGAGGAGUGUCCGCGCGAGGGCAAGCCCUUCAAAGCCAAAUACAAACUGGUCAACCACAUCCGCGUGCACACGGGCGAGAAGCCCUUCCCCUGCCCGUUUCCCGGCUGCGGCAAGGUCUUCGCGCGCUCCGAGAACUUGAAGAUCCACAAACGGACGCACACAGGGGAGAAACCCUUCAAGUGCGAGUUCGAAGGCUGCGACCGACGCUUUGCCAACAGCAGCGACCGUAAGAAGCAUAUGCACGUGCACACGAGCGACAAGCCGUAUCUCUGCAAGAUGUGUGACAAGUCCUACACACAUCCCAGCUCGCUGCGCAAGCACAUGAAGGUCCACGAAUCGUCCUCACAGGGCUCACAGCCUUCUCCGGCCGCCAGCUCUGGUUACGAGUCGUCCACGCCGCCCACCAUCGUGUCUCCUUCCACAGACAACCCGACCACCAGCUCCCUGUCGCCCUCCUCCUCCGCGGUGCAUCAUUCGGCCAGCCACGGCGCGCUCUCUUCCAAUUUUAACGAAUGGUACGUGUAAACUCAGAACCCCAACUCCGAACCGACCCUAUUUAAGAGA